AUGACAGACAUUCAUUCAAGGAACAAUCUGACAGACAUUCGUUCAAGGAACAAUCUGACAGACAUUCGUUCAAGGAACAAUCUGACAGACAUUCGUUCAAGGAACAAUCUGACAGACAUUCGUUCAAGGAACAAUCUGACAGACAUUCGUUCAAGGAACAAUCUGACAGACAUUCAUUCAAGGAACAAUCUAGCAGACAUUCGUUCAAGGAACAAUCUGACAGACAUUCAUUCAAGGAACAAUCUAGCAGACAUUCGUUCAAGGAACAAUCUGACAGACAUUCAUUCAAGGAACAAUCUGACAGACAUUCGUUCAAGGAACAAUCUAGCAGACAUUCGUUCAAGGAACAAUCUGACAGACAUUCAUUCAAGGAACAAUCUGACAGACAUUCGUUCAAGGAACAAUCUGACAGACAUUCUUUCAAGGAACAAUCUGACAGACAUUCAUUCAAGGAACAAUCUAGCAGACAUUCGUUCAAGGAACAAUCUGACAGACAUUCAUUCAAGGAACAAUCUGACAGACAUUCGUUCAAGGAACAAUCUGACAGACAUUCAUUCAAGGAACAAUCUGACAGACAUUCAUUCAAGGAACAAUCUGACAGACAUUCGUUCAAGGAACAAUCUGACAGACAUUCUUUCAAGGAACAAUCUGACAGACAUUCAUUCAAGGAACAAUCUGACAGACAUUCGUUCAAGGAACAAUCUGACAGACAUUCUUUCAAGGAACAAUCUGACAGACAUUCGUUCAAGGAACAAUCUGACAGACAUUCUUUCAAGGAACAAUCUGACAGACAUUCUUUCAAGGAACAAUCUGACAGACAUUUGUUCAAGGAACAAUCUGACAGACAUUCGUUCAAGGAACAAUGUGACAGACAUUUGUUCUAGGAACUAUUUGAUAAACAUUUUUUCUAGUAACAGAUAG